AUGAAAAUCUUUUUCUCUCUCUCUCUCUCUCUCUCUCUUAAUUCCAUUUUCUUGGAUCCUGUUUUCUCGACACUGACUUUCUUCGAAGAAUUUCGUCUCCAUUUUCGUUAUAUUCCAUUUGAAUUUUCAAACCUCUUGGCUUUUCCAACUUCUUUUCUUUCUUUCUUUCUUUCUUUCUUUCUUUCUUUCUAUUUCCUUUAUUCUGAUUUUCUGCAUUUUUCUACGAUCUCUUUUUCUACUUUGUUUACGUUUUUCUUCUUUUCUUCAUUUUUCUUCAAGUUUUUCUUCGUCUUCUUUUUUCUUUUCUUCAUUUUUCUUCUAAUACUUCUUUUUCUACUUCUUCCUCUUUGUCAUUUUUUAUUCUUUUCUUUACUUUUCUUCUUCUUUCUCUUUGUCUUCUUUUUUCUUCUUUGCUUUCUUUUUCUUUUUGUUUCGUUCUUUCUUCAUUUUUUUCUUUUAUUUCCUCUUUCUUUUCUAAUUCCCCAACUUUUGCUUUUUAAUAUUUCUGCUUCUUUCUUUUUAUCACUUUUUUUCAUUCAUCUUAUAAUUCUGUUACAUUAUGAUUUCAAAAAUCUAUUCUACAACUUUUUUUCUUCUUUUUCUUAUACUUUUCUUAAACGUAAAGGACACACUUUUUCCUAUUCUUAUUCCCAGAAAAAUUUAUUUACUUCAUUUUUUCUAAUUUUUAUCUCCCCUUCUGAUAUCUCACUAUUUUUUUUCGAUUUCCUUUCCUUCUCCCUUCAUUCUUCUACUUUUUUAUCAAGCAAAUCUAACUUACAUUUAGCAGAACUCUCUCUCUCUCUCUCUCUCUUUUUUCUCUAA